GGUAGUCCGCGGGUGCCCAGCCCAGGGGUGCUGUUAGCUCCUCGCUUCCCCCCAGAUGUGAACCUCGGGCUCCACUUGAGGAAACCGGCCACACUUCAUCCUUCCUCCUCAGCCAAGUGGCGGUGGCUGUUACUAAAGCCGUCCUCUCCGAGAUUCCGGCAAGAGCGAGAGAGCUCCCCCAGCAAGGCCCUUGCAAGCCGCAUCUUCCAGACGCUCCGGCAGCGCACUCGGAGGGGGACCCUUCCGCCAGGGAGGCGCCAGGCUGGCCGCGGAGCCUCCGCCCGCGUCAUCACAAGCGGCGAUUCCCCUCCUGCCCGCCUGCGCGCGCUCCCGCAGCUGCCUCCGCUCUCCCCCCUCCCUCGGGCUUCAAGCCCAGCAGCCCCCGCUACGGCUCCACCUCUGCCCGCGUGAACGUGGAGCCACGCGGGGGGGAGCGACGGCUGCGGCGGGCAUCUCCGGCUGGCUGGGCGCCCACCCCGGAAGCCAGGGUGCCGGGGGGGGGAGAAACGCAAUCCUCCCCCACGGAGUCCUUGCGUGGCCAGGGGAGAAGGGACAGCCGGUGGGCGAGCGAGGAGUGGCUUCCUCUGUCCUCGCCUCCCCCUCGGAUUUAAGCCGGGAGCAUCUGAAACGGCUGCAGCGGCGGUGGCAGACCGUUCAGCCCCCGGGCAGCUUCCAGAUAAAAGUUGAUGUCACCUGGAAAGUGAUGGUGGAUCAGAACUCUCAUUUGGAAAUACAAACUUUGUUCACCAUGGAUACAGCUCUAGAUAGGAUUGUGUCAGGAGGAGCAGAGGAUGUCACAGGAGAAAGGAUACCUGGGGAAACUGCCAAUCCUGUCUGCAGUUCUGGAAAACUCUGAACCACACACCAGUUGAGGAGUAACACAUUUUGACUGCUCUCCUUUUAUUACACUCAUAUGCCGGUCUGAUAAUUUCUCUAAUUGUUGGUGACCCGGAUAGGUUACUGCCAAAAAGCUCCUAAGAUUACCCUGUUCACCAAGAAGGAAAUUAAUAGUGAAAAAUCAAAGAGAAUAAUAGCUGGAAGGAAGAGGUUGGUGCUUUCAGAGAUACUGAGAAAAGCCUUGGACAGAAGAUGAUUCCAGUGCGAUGCAGUGGAGUCUGAAGUCUUUCCAUGCAGGAAUCUCAAUCCAUACAUAGCAAAGCCUUCAGGAUCAAUGAUUGUGCCAACUGUGCUGUGCUCCUGGGCUACAGGAGCCUGAGGAUAUCACAUGAAAUAUCAGGUUCAUCUGUCAUUUCCUUGCUGGUACUUCUUUUGUAUCUGAAGGCUUCUGUCACCCACCUAGUGGGACUCCAUCAAUGACGAAUGUAGGCCUGAACUUGUAGCAACACAAGGAGGCCAGAAGAAGAAAAUAGGUGGUUCCAUCAUCUCACCAUGGUGCUUCCACCCCCAGACAAGCGGCAUGUAUGUCUCACCACUAUUGUUAUAAUGACCAGCAUGGCAUUCAUGGAUGCUUAUCUGGUGGAGCAGAAUCAAGGGCCUCGUAAGAUUGGUGUCUGCAUCAUUGUCUUGGUAGGAGACAUCUGCUUUUUGAUUGUGCUGCGUUAUGUGGCUGUCUGGGUGGGGGCUGAAGUGAAGACAGCCAAGCGUGGCUAUGCUAUGAUUCUUUGGUUCCUCUACAUCUUUGUACUGGAAAUCAAACUCUACUUUAUAUUCCAGAAUUACAAGGCUGAUAAAAGAAACUUGGAGACAGUGGCCAGGAAGGCAUUGACCUUGCUGCUUUCCAUCUGCGUACCAGGACUGUACUUGGUGCUCGUAGCCUUGGACAGCAUGGAAUACAUACGCACUUUCCGGAAGAAAGAGGAUUUGCGAGGGCGUCUCUUCUGGGUAGCCUUAGACCUGCUGGAUAUCUUAGACAUUCAAGCCAAUCUGUGGGAACCUCACAAGACUGGGCUGCCAAUCUGGGCAGAAGGGCUAAUGUUCUUCUACUGCUACAUUCUGCUCCUAAUCCUGCCUUGUGUUUCACUCAGUGAGAUCAGCAUGCAAGGGGAACACAUUGCUCCACAGAAAAUGAUGCUCUAUCCUGUCCUGAGCCUGGUGACCAUCAACAUUGUCACCAUAUUCAUCCGGGCCAUUAACAUGGUUCUGUUCCAAGACAGCAGAGUCUCUACCAUCUUUAUUGGCAAGAACAUCAUUGCCAUUGCCACCAAGGCGUGCACUUUCCUUGAGUACAAGAAGCAGGUGAAAGAAUUCCCACAAAAUGCCAUUGCACUUGAACUGCAGCAGAACUCAGUGCCCCACAACCAGACUGCCCACAGUACACAGGGAAUUUCUCAUGAGCAAUCACCCACCAGGGAGAUCUUAGACACAUGAUGGGGCUCCUCAGACAUUGCUACCUGCUCACAUUUGCUUGGGGGUGGGGGAGGGAGAGGGGAUUCUGUUCUCAUCCCAGCACCGUGAGCUGCCCUCCCGGCACAAGGUUCUGAUCAAAGUGGUGGAACAUCCCCUGCAUCUCAGGUAUUUCCUCGGGGCCCUCUAGAAAGAAAACAAAACCAAAUGGACCUUUAGAAAAGAACCUCACCCCAAUCAGCAUCUGAUCUUUUCUAUCCGUUGGUUACCUGUGCAUUACAACAUAACAGGAAAGAGGAUUUUUGUUACCACAGUAUUUUUUAAGGAAAGGGAG